CAAUGGCUGCAGCAAUUACUACUAAAAUGAAUGCUUUUGGAAUGGUUGACAAGGCUGACGAGAAUCGAAUGCGUGAAAUAAUACAAGAAUAUUUGAAUUUUUUGGAUGACAGCGGUGAAGAACGUGUUUAUAUUAACAGAAUUGAGGACAUGAUAAGAGAUGAGACAGCGCGUUUAAUUGUUGAUAUAAACGAUGUCAGACUUAAAAUGAAGGAAAGAGCUACUUCACUUUUGAGUUCAUUUGUAGACGAAAUAAUAGCCUUUGAACAUGCACUUAAAGAAAUUGUUUCAAAACUCGAUCCAGAUUAUGCAAAAGAAAAAGAUUUUCGAAUUGGCUUUGAAGGGUCUUUUGCUGAUCGUCAUUUAAAUCCUCGAACUUUGAAAUCAAGUUUCUUGGGAAAUUUGGUCUGUUGUGAAGGAAUAGUGACCAGAUGUUCUUUGGUUCGUCCAAAAAUUGUCAAAAGUUCUCAUUUUUGCCCUGCAACAAAGAAAAUUAUGGAGAAAAAAUAUACAGAUUUUACUUCAUAUGAAGCUAUUCCAACUAGUAAUGCUUACCCUAAAGAAGAUGAAAAUAAAAAUCCUUUGGAAACAGAAUUUGGAAAAUGUGUUUAUAAAGACCAUCAAAUAUUUUCUAUGCAGGAAUUACCAGAAUCUGCUCCUCCUGGAACUGAUGAGGACUUGGCAGAUCGUUGCAAGCCUGGUGAUCGUAUUCAAGUUAUUGGCCUAUUCCGUGUUUUGCCAAAUAAACAGGCGGGGAUGUCUACUGGAAAUUUUAGAUCAGUAUUGAUUGCCAACAAUGUUCAACUUAUGAGCAAAGAUUUAUUACUUAAUUUUGAACCUGAAGAUAUUAAACAAAUUCGUAAAAUGAGUCGACAUAAAGAUAUUUUUGAAUUAUUGGCACGUUCAUUAGCUCCUUCAAUUUAUGGACAUGACGAAGUUAAAAAAGCCGUUUUAUGUCUUUUACUUGGUGGAUGUGAAAAAAUUCUUGAGAAUGGAACAAGGCUUCGAGGGGAUAUAAAUAUUUUACUUAUUGGUGAUCCUUCUGUUGCUAAAAGUCAAAUUUUGAGGUUUUUUAGAUUAAAUUUAUUCAUAAUGAUUUUAUGUAAAAGAUAUGUAAUUCAUGCCGCUCCAAGAGUUGUUGCAACAACUGGAAGAGGAUCGUCAGGUGUUGGUUUAACAGCUGCUGUACUUCACGAUCCUGACACUGGCGAGAGAAAAUUGGAAGCUGGGGCAAUGGUGUUAGCUGAUAGAGGAAUUGUUUGUAUUGAUGAAUUUGAUAAGAUGACUGACAUUGACAGAACAACUAUUCACGAAGUUAUGGAACAAGGAAGAAUUUCAAUUUCUAAAGCUGGAAUUCAAGCCAAAUUAAAUGCUAGAUGUUCAGUUUUGGCAGCAGCUAAUCCAGUUUUUGGACGUUAUAAUCUUUAUAAAAAUCCUAUGGAAAAUAUUGGAAUGCAAGAUUCUCUUCUUUCUAGAUUUGACUUGAUCUUUGUUAUGUUGGAUGAGCAUGAUGUUGAGCGUGACCGAAUGCUUGCUGAAAGCGUAUUAAAGCUACAUCGUUAUCGAGCACAAGGAGAGUCAGAUGGUGCUGUACAACCAAUGGGAACAACUUUAGAAAAUCGAACAACAUUCAAUACUGAUGGAUCCUCUGAAAAUUCAAAAGAAAUUUAUGAAAAAAAUCGUGAAUGGACUGCAAUGGAGGAAAGAGAAAAAAUUCUCAGCACUCAUUUUAUUCGUAAAUAUAUUUAUAUGGCAAAAGAAUUAAAACCAGUAUUGAGUGAAGAAGCAUCAACAUUUAUUUCUGAGCGUUAUACAGAAUUGCGUUCUGCAGAUAUGGGAAGGACUGACAUGGAAAGAGUAAAAGAAAAUUUUUUUGGAAUAUAA